GUUUUGGUGCUGCCUGCCGGACCCGCGUCCCCCCGUUUUGCCUCCGAGUUCCCGUGACUUUCCUUGUGCUGCCCGCUGGUUGUAAUCGCAUUGUUACUCCUGUUGGUUCUUCCCAGCACCUCCUCGUUCCUGGCCUUUCCCCAUUCGUUUGCAGCCUGUAUUGUUUUUCGUGGCAUCUUUUGCAGGGCGCGGCGUACCUGUGGCGACAGCUCUGGGCUGCCCUGGCUGUAACUGGGUGUGGUCAUAACUCCAGGAUGUGAAAGGCCUUUUGGCCAAGUGCUGUCCUCCUGGGGCCGUAGAAGGACGUCCCGGAGAUGUUCUCUUGCUCAGCAGAGACCCGCUCAGCUCCAGGAGGAAGUAACAGGAAGACAGCCUGACAUCAGCAGGAGACGCAUCCCCGGAAGACCGCGCUCGGUCGCGGGCUCGCGGUGUUCUCCGACGCUCUGUCUCGGGCUGGUACAUUCUGUCUGCGUGUUCCUUCCGUUUCUGGUAAGACCCGCGGCAGGAGUCACUUGAGAAGAGAAAUCGGACAUCCGGUCAGCUCCAUAAGUACCUAUGGAUUAUGGCAGGCAAAGUGAAGUGGGUCACUGAUAUCGAGAAGUCGGUGCUGAUAAAUAACUUUGAAAAGAGAGGAUGGGUCCAAGUGACAGAAAGCGAGGACUGGAACUUUUACUGGAUGAGUGUGCAGACCAUCCGGAACGUUUUCAGCGUUGAAACGGGCUAUCGGCUCUCAGACGAUCAAAUCGUCAACCAUUUCCCGAACCACUACGAACUGACCCGGAAGGAUCUGAUGGUGAAGAAUAUUAAGAGAUACAGGAAGGAGCUGGAGAAAGAAGGGAGUCCUCUGGCAGAAAAAGAUGAAAACGGGAAAUACCUCUACCUGGACUUCGUUCCAGUCACCUACAUGCUGCCCGCGGACUACAACCUGUUCGUGGAGGAGUUCAGGAAGAGCCCGGCCAGCACCUGGAUCAUGAAGCCGUGUGGCAAAGCCCAGGGCAAGGGCAUCUUCCUGAUCAACAAGCUGUCGCAGAUCAAAAAGUGGUCCCGGGACAGCAAGACGUCUUCGCAGCGCAGCGGGCGGUACGUGGACACCAGCACGUACAAGCGCAAGUCAAACUUCCGGCCGCCGAUGAGCAAGGGGUUGUUGAUGUACAGGGAGAUCACGUAUAAACUCGGGUUCUGCCGCUUCUGCACGGUGAAGUACACCCCCAGCACCAGCGAGCUGGACAACAUGUUCGUUCAUCUCACCAACGUCGCCAUCCAGAAGCACGGGCGGUUCUGGCACGAGAACGGCGCUCCGUCGUGUGUCUGCUCUCCUCCGAGUGUGACGCGGUCUGAACCCCCACGCAGGUAUAAACUCGGGUUCUGCCGCUUCUGCACGGUGAAGUACACCCCCAGCACCAGCGAGCUGGACAACAUGUUCGUUCACCUCACCAACGUCGCCAUCCAGAAGCACGGGGAGCCGGGGAAGGAUGGGGGGCGGCGCUGGGGGAGGAGGUGGGGGGCGCCGAUCUUGGCGGUGGGACCCCGCGCGUCGUCCUGCCACUGGGCCGCCACGCGCCCUCCUGAGGCCCCACGACCCGCUGUCUCGCAGCCCGUGAUGAACAAUGACAAGCACUGCUUCGAGUGCUACGGCUACGACAUCAUCAUCGACGACAAGCUGAAGCCCUGGCUGAUAGAGGUGAAUGCGUCCCCGUCCCUCACCUCCAGCACCGCCAACGACCGGAUCCUUAAGUAUAACCUGAUCAAUGACACCCUCAAUAUCGCGGUCCCUAAUGGCGAGAUUCCAGACUGCAAAUGGAACAAGUCCCCCCCGAAGGAAGUCCUCGGCAACUACGAGAUCCUCUAUGACGAGGAGCUGGCGCAGGGCGACGGGGCUGACCGGGAACUGAGAAGUCGCCAGGGCCAGUCGCUGGGGCCCAGAGGGGGCCGAUCGAGAGACCCCGGGAGGACCGUCCUCACAACCUGGAAAUGAUGACCAGGGAGCGCAGAAGACCGCAGCCCGACCCUCCCCAACGCUCCCGCACCCGGGCCUAUUUUGAAGUUUCCUUUUUCUAGAGCUUUUUUCCUUUCGUAAGCCCUGUAAAUAAAUAAAGGCACUUCUUUGAAAGGUUAA